AUGUCUCUAUUCACCGAAAUCAGCAUUCCUCAGCUCAACAUCAGCUACAAGCAGCCCGUUGGAUUAUUCAUCAACAACAAGUUCGUAGAGUCCAGCGAAAAUGAGCAAAUCGAGACUGUGAACCCAGCCACGGGCGAGGCAAUCACGAAGUUCCACGCGGCCUCCGAGGCCGACAUCGACAAGGCGGUGGCAGCGGCGCGCGAGGCGUACGAGAGUACGUGGAGUAAAACUUCGCCAGAGGAGCGUGGCGUGCUGCUUGGGAAGCUAGGUCAGCUCAUAGAGCAGGAAAAAGAGCUGCUGGCAGCGAUCGAAACGGUGGACUCGGGCAAGCCCUACUAUACCAACGCGCUGGGCGAUCUCGAGCAGAUCUUGCAGCUGACGCGCUACUACGCAGGGGCGGCGGACAAGUUCACGCAGGGCAAAUUACUCCCGGUGAGCAGUGACAAGUACGCUUACACCGUCAAGGCGCCAUACGGUGUGGUGGCGCAGGUAGUGCCCUGGAACUACCCGCUGGCCAUGGCGAGCUGGAAGAUGCAAGGCUGCCUUGCGGCCGGCAACACGAUUGUCAUCAAACCCGCGGAGAACACCUCGCUAUCGCUCCUAUACUUCGCGCAGCUGGUCGAGAAAGCAGGCUUUCCACCCGGCGUAGUCAAUGUUGUUCCUGGCUACGGAGGCGUCGCGGGAUCUAGGCUGGCAGCCCACCCCGAUGUCGACAAGAUAGCCUUCACAGGUAGCACCGCAGUAGGCCAAAAGGUCAUGGCCGCAGCUGCCAUGUCCAACCUGAAAGCGGUCACCUUGGAGUGCGGCGGAAAAUCGCCCGCGCUUGUGUUUGAGGAUGCCAAUCUCGACGAGGCAGUCAAGUGGACCGCAGCCGGAAUCUACUACAACUCGGGCCAGAACUGUACUGCCAACUCCCGUAUUUACGUGCAAGAAUCUGUCUACGAGAAGUUCCUACUUAAGUUUACUGCUCACGUCCAGGAGACAUGGAAAUUCGGCAAAACUUCCGAUCUCUUUGACCAAGAGUGCACAGUGGGGCCAGUCGUUUCAAAAACUCAGUACGAGAGAGUGCAAGGAUACAUCGAGCACGGCAAGUCCACUGAGAAACUAAGCUUGAAGCAGAUGGGCCAACCAUCGGACUCUAAGGGCUACUUUAUCACGCCCACUAUCUUUAUUAAUGUUCCUCAAGACUCCAAGCUUAACCAGGAGGAAAUCUUUGGGCCUGUGGCUGUCAUUGCGAAGUUUAAAGACUACAAAGAAGGUAUCGCUCUUGCCAACGACACUAGCUACGGACUUGCAUCUGCUGUUUUCACGGAAGACAUUCGUAAGGCAAACUACUUCGCUCGCGACAUCAAAGCCGGGACCGUUUGGAUCAACUCGUCCAACGACGAGGAGGUUAGUGUUCCUUUUGGUGGUUUCAAGAUGAGCGGCAUCGGCCGUGAGCUAGGUGAAAGUGGUAUGGACGCAUAUUUACAAACGAAAGCUGUUCACGUUAACAUUUCUAAAUUGUGA